GCGCAUUGCACUUUUUCCCCCUUUCAGGAACACGUUCGAGCCCGCGGCAGGGGGCGGGGUCGCGCCUCCUCCGCGGCUCCGGUUCCAGCCGAGCCCCACGGACGCGAAGAUGGAAAUCCCGAGGACACUCCCUGCUCGUGGGCCUCGACAGGGCGGCGGCGCCGGCGGCCCCUCGGGUGGCGGCCGGGUCCACCGAGGCCCCGACCCGGGAGCCGGCCAGGCCCGGGCGCGCCGCCUCCUGCUGCUCGGGGGCCCCCAAGAUGGCGGUCCGGGGCGGCGGCGCGAGGAGGCCCGCGCGGCGACACCCGGCUCCGGCCCCAGCCCGGGGGCUCUGCGGAGGCCGGAUCGCGCCGGCGGCGGCGGCGGCGGCGACGGCGACGACUUCUUCCUGGUGCUGCUGGACCCGGUGGGUGGCGACCUGGAGGCGGCGGGCGCAGGCCCGGCCGCAGGGCCCGUGUGGAGGGAGGACGCGGAGCCGGGCCCGCGGCCUCCGGGGGGAGACGGCGGCGCGAGUGUCGCGGGCCGCGCCGCCCCGGGGCCUCGCUGCCUGUCCGCGGCCCCAGCGCGGGCGCUAGCUCCGGCCCGGGCCCCCGCCUCGGCCCCAGCCCCGGCCGCGGCCUUCGCGGGCACCGUCACCAUCCACAACCAGGACCUGCUGCUGCACUUCGAGAACGGGGUUCUCACCCUUGCCACGCCCCCGCCUCCUGCCUGGGAACCGGGGGUCGCUCCUGCCCCGCAGCCCGGGGUUCUCAUCGCUCCACAGGUGGGGGAACUCCAGGCCUCGCAACCAGGCGACUGCCCCGAGCAGCCGCCGGACCUCCUGCUGGCUGAGCCGGCUGAACUAGCCCCAGUGCAGGCACCGGAGCAGGAGGGCGAGGCGGAGGGCCCGCUGCCCGACAGCCCCCCUGGGCCUCUGGGCGCAGGCCCCGGUGUGGUGCUGUACCUGUGCCCCGAGGCGCAGUGCGGACAGACCUUCACCAAGAAGCACCAGCUGAAGGUGCACCUGCUGACGCACAGCAGCAGCCAGGGCCAGCGCCCCUUCAAGUGCCCCCUGAGUGGCUGCGGCUGGACCUUCACCACCUCCUACAAGCUCAAGAGGCACCUGCAGUCCCACGACAAACUGCGGCCCUUUGGCUGCCCGGCGGAAGGUUGUGGCAAGAGCUUCACCACCAUAUAUAACCUCAAGGCUCACAUGAAGGGCCACGAGCAGGAGAACUCCUUCAAAUGUGAUGUGUGCGAGGAUUGCUUCCCCACGCAGGCCAAGCUCAGUGCCCACCAGCGCACCCACUUUGAACCAGAGAGGCCCUACCAGUGUGCGUUUUCUGGCUGCAAGAAGACCUUUAUCACAGUGAGUGCCCUGUUUUCCCAUAACCGUGCUCACUUUCGGGAACAGGAACUCUUUUCCUGCUCUUUUCCUGGCUGCAGCAAACAGUACGACAAGGCUUGUCGGCUGAAAAUUCACCUGCGGAGCCACACCGGUGAGAGACCGUUCCUUUGUGACUUUGAUGGCUGUGGCUGGAAUUUCACCAGCAUGUCCAAACUCUUAAGGCACAAAAGGAAGCACGAUGAUGACCGUAGGUUCAUGUGCCCUGUGGAAGGCUGUGGUAAAUCUUUCACGAGGGCUGAGCAUCUGAAAGGCCACAGCAUAACCCACCUGGGCACAAAGCCUUUCGUGUGUCCUGUGGAAGGCUGCUGUGCCAGGUUCUCUGCUCGCAGCAGUCUCUACAUUCACUCCAAGAAACACUUGCAGGAUGUGGACACUUGGAAAAGCCGUUGCCCAGUCUCCAGCUGUAAUAAACUCUUCACAUCCAAGCACAGCAUGAAGACCCACAUGGCCAAAAGGCACAAUCUUGGCCAGGAGCUCUUAGCUCAGCUGGAAGCUUCAAAUUCUCUUACACCUAGCAGUGAACUUACCAGCCAGGGACAGAGUGAUUUCAGUGAUGCAGAGCUAGUGUCCCUCUUCUCUGAUGUGCCUGGCAGUAGUUCUGCUGCAGUACUGGACACAGCAUUGGUGAACUCUGGAAUCUUGACUAUUGAUGUGGCCUCUGUGAGCUCAACUCUGGCAGGGAACCUCCCUGAUAAUAAUAAUAAUAAUAAUGCUUUAGGGCAGACUGUGGACCCUCGGGCCUUGAUGGCCACCAGUGACCUUCCUCAAAGCCUGGAUACUUCCCUGUUUUUCGGGACAACAGCUGCAGGUUUUCAGCAGAGCUCCUUAGAGGUGGAUGAUGCCUCGAAUCUAAGUGCAGGGCCUUUGGGGACUCUGGGCUCUUUGACUAUGAAAAGCUCCAGUCAGGAACCCCAGGCCCUGACCCCUAGCAGUAAGCUAAUGGUAGACACAGAUGCUCUGACUCCUCCAAGUACCCUUUGUGAAAACAGUGUCUCAGAACUACUGAUGCCAACCAAAGCAGAAUGGAACUUACAUCCCGACUCUGCCUUCUUUGGACAGGAGGAAGAAACCCAGUUUGCGUUCACCAGCCCAGCAGGAAACCACGUUUCUCAGAAAGAAACAGAUCUUAUCACGGUGACUGGAAGCUCAUUUUUGGUAUGAACCAUUCAUUCCUCACCUCUUGUAUUAAUUGGCCUCAAUUUUAUGGAUAUCCUGGACCGAAAUAUCUAUGAGAAAUGCAGUCAUUUUCUCAUAGCUUGAAAAAGAUCAGAGCCCUGGGAAACAAGUUUGGCGAUGUAAAUUCUGAUCUAGUGUUGGGAACUUUUAAGUUGAGUUGGUGACCCUGAGCAAGUCACUUAAAUCUUGUCUGAGCCUUAAUUUCCUUAUUUAUAAAAUGAGGUGUCCCUGAAUAGACCACUCCUAAUCUAUAAUGUACCUAUAGGUUGUGUCUUUCCAGCUCUGUAUUCUCAUGACUUUGUGCUCUUUCUUUUUCAAGGACUUUAUUAGGCAUUUUACAGUGAUUAACUAUUGCAUGUGCUUCUAAUGUAAUGAAAAGUGCAUUGAAAGGUAAUGGUAAGAGAACAUGGAACGGGUAUUUUAAAAAAUGAAAAUUUUAGCACAGUGCCAAAAGAGUUCUACAAUCACUUUGUGGCACUUAAAGAAAGCCAAGAGUUCUUUAAACUGAUUUUCUUUUUAGCCUCUGUUUUGAUGGAAUGUUUUGUGCUUUGGGUGCAAAGUGUCAGGUUUUGAUAUGUCACAGACCCAGAGUGAAAUAUUGAUGUUUCUGGUGUAAGUGGCCUUAAGUAAGUUACUUCAUCGCAUUACGCCUCAGUUCUCAGGCUGUAAAACAGUCACUGUAAUGUAAAGAUACCUGGUACAUCUUAAGGCAUUUUUUUCCUCUACUGGUAGUUAACUUUUGGAGAGAAAAUGUGGUGUUUCAGCAUGUUUUGGUGAAAUUUUAGUCACCUUUCCUGCCCCUCCUUUUCUGAUUUAAAGAGGUAUACUUUAAAAUCACACGUGUGCAUUUGGUUUAGGAAGCAGUGAAGGGGAUCUCAUCCACAGAUUAUGAAGGAUUUUUUUUUUCUGCACAAAGGUUAAGUGCACCAGACCAAAUUAUAAUGCCUUUGGUCUGCAGUCAAAGCCAGCCCUGGUGAGACUAAUAUAGAGCCUGGUUGGGGUUUCAAGAAAAUCUGGGAACGAAAGAGAGUAAAGUUUUUCUUUUUCCUGUGCCCAUUUCUCACUGCUUGUCUACUGCCAGAGUUGGAAUGAGAGGUUUUGUCUGCAUCGUGAGUAAAUAUUUUGUCUCUUCACACGAUCAAAACAUUUUGCAGCUUCUGUGGCACUUUUAUAGCAUUACACUUCAUCUCCACGGUUUUGGAAAUAGUUAUGGCAGAGUUUUAGCUAUAAACCAUUUUAAAAUUUAACUCUUCUUUUUUAGGUGAAUUUUAUUUUGCACGCACACACAUACACUCAUGUAUACACAGAAACCCUUAUAUAAGCAAAGAAAGUUUUUUCACCUCUCCAGUUUAGUUAUUCUGAUUGUCUUGAUCACCUUAUUUUAUAACCAGUUGUUCUAUUCCACCUCAAUUAAUGUCUGCUUUCUUCUUCCAGCUUUGCUCCCUCCCCAAUAUGUUCUUUUGCAUGUGCAUGCUAGUUCUUAUCUUGAUUGUUUUAGAACUUUAAUUUUAAAGGUUGUCUUUGUGGUCUCCAUCUCUUACAGCAUCUCUUCAUGUCCCCUUUUUUCAGUCAAACUAUCUAUUGCAAUUCUGAGUAUUUCCUAAUAAAUUACUUUCUCUAUUUAGAUGUCAGUGUAUUUGUAUGUAAAACAAAUGAUAUCAGGGUGGUUUUGUUUUGUUUUGUGGUGCCAGGGAUAUUUUGGUAAAGCUUUAUUAUGACAUUUACUUUUUUCUAUUUUUUAUACCAUGUAAUUCUGAUAACAAACUGUUGCUCCAAAACAUUCUAACUCAAUACCGCUUGCAUGUGUAUGUUUGUAGAUAGCUAUUAUAGCACUUUCGUACUGCACUUUAUAAUUUGCCACGGUGAAAUUCAUCUGAGCUGCCUUUCACAUUUAGUGGUGAGAAUAUAUGUCAAUUUGUAACCCAAAGCAAAUAUCAGUCUUAUUUUUUUAUUCUUUUAAACAUUUCUGCCUCAGACUUUAUGAAGAAUUUGAGUCCAUUUUCAAAAUUUGUGUGCUAAUUUAAGUCCUCUUAUUAAACUUCUGUUCUUUUCCUUCAAAUUUGAAUACAAAACUGAACAUGCAGUUCAUAGGCAUCUUGUUAGCUGUAUAAUUAUAAUGAUAUCUUAAAAUACUGUCACUUCUUUACUUCCUUAGUCUUUUUUCCUCUCACUGAAACAACAACAACAGCAGCAACAACAAACUAUCAUAAGCCUGUACUGCCCUCAUGAGGAAUUGUCAAAAGACAAAUUUUACUUUUCUUGAAGAUAGAAGUCUUAUAAGUAGUUAUUUCACAAGGUUUCUUCAGUUUAUGUGAAAGAGUUCUCUUUGAAUAACAUUUUCUUAGCACAGUGGUGAAAAUGGCAUGGAAAUACUGUCAGAACUGUGACUGCAAUGCAAUGGUUACUUCUUUUGAUGUUGAUUUAAGUUCACAAUUAUUUCAAACAAUGGGCCUUUAUUUCAUGUGACCUCCUUUGACUUUUUAUCUCAUGGUUUAAGAUUUUGCUCAUUGAAAUCAAAGGACCACAAUGCUCUGAAGGAAGGUUUGCAUACAGAGGACUUGGCCAAACUUGUUUAUCAUGAGCUAGAAUAAGUAAGUCUUAACAUUUUUGCCAUUACUGUAUUAUAUAACUGAAAGCCUGUGGUAGGAGAAGUGGAAUGAUAGAAUAUGAGGUUCACUUCAUUGUCUGUGGAUCAAAUGCUUCACCUUCCCACCCAGGAAAAAUAAAAGAAGACUUUGGUAUAGCAGUGUAUUUAUGUCACUUGUUUUAUUUAAGAUAAAAAAUUUAUUAGUCCUCUUUGAAAAGAAUUUUCAUAAUACCUUAAUUAGUGAUUAUUAAUGAGGUUAUUUAUUUUUUAAGUUUCUAAGAUUUUCUCAGCUCUGUGAUUCCACAAUAAUAUCCUCCAUUCUUUAAAGUAAAUUUUUCAUGAUAACUACAUUUUCAGGCACAUUUUCUGAAAUAUAUAAAUAUGCAUGCCAAUAUAAUAAGUGUCUAUAUACUUUACACCCUACUUCAGCUAUUACCAGUUCACAAAAAAUCUUAUCUAGCAAAUUACCCCUCUUUCUUGUAGUACCAUCUUGGAAUGAUUAAUACAUAUCAUAUUUUUAAACAUAAGUAUUCAAUGUACAGUUAUAUAAGUUAUAGGCACUUGAGGAAAAAACUACGGUUGUUUUAUUAUGUUUUAAAUUAAUAUUAGUUCUUUUUUCUCAGUAAAUAUUUAGUCAGGGUUGCCACCUCUAAUUCUUUUAUAAAUGCUUAUAAAUGUUUCAACAUUUUUAUAAUUUUAAUUUAAAUACUUCUCAUGUUUCCCCCUUUUCUUUCGUGACAUUUUAUUCUAUGAAGAGGCUACUUUCACAGAUAUUAUUUGCCACAUCUUAAAUUUUUCUGAUGACUAUAUCACAGUUUUAUUAAGUUCAUUUUUUUGUUUCCUUGAAGUAAUCUUUGGAUCUAGAGACUGUAUCAUGUUAGAAAAAUGGUUUAGAGGGCAGGGAUGUGUUAUGUUUUCUUAUUGGUUGACAGUGUUAACUAUUCUCUUUGUGAUAAUCACAGUUGCAGCUGAUUGAUUCAUUUAAUUAACCUGUGCAUGUUUUUUGUAACUGAAUGACUAAUAGAGGUGGAAGAAAUGUUUGUUGUCUAUCAUAGUAUAAUAAAAAUAUGCAGUGCUAAAAUAUUUUCUUACAUAUUGAGAGAAUAAGAAAAAAUGAGUUACCAAAUAUAUGUGUUGGCUGUUCUCACCAUUUAUCUUUCUGAUCUUUUCAUUAUGAUGUGUCUUCAUUGUAGUAAUUCCUAGAUAAGACAUUGAAACACAUCAACCACAGUUUGUGUUGGAUAAGUGACCUUGAAUAAAGUAUUCUCAAAAAUCCUCAUUUUCAUAGCUGUUGUGUUCAGAUAUAUCACAUAUAAUAAGUAUACUUAACACACCUUAGCCUUUUCCAGUUUUCAAUAUGCAAGGAAUAUGUGGGUCUGCAUCUUUUUGUUGAAUUUUAUGAUCAUUUUAUUCUCUGCUAUUAUAAAAGAGAUACUUGAAUAAUGUAGGGCAAAUUAGACAUAUAUUUGGGAAUUACCUAUAUGGUAGUUUUAGCAACAUCUGUUCUGUGACUCAUAGGAUAAUUUAACCAACUCACAUUCCAAGUGUAUGUUAGCUAGUGACUGACGUAAAUAACUUAAAAUAAGAAAACAUUGAGGACCUGGAGAGUGGGUAGGGUCUUUACUCCUUGCCUUGCAUAUGUCCAACCCGGGUUUGAUUGCUGGCUUCCCAUAUGGUCACAAAGCCCCACCAAAAGUUUUUCCUAAGCCAGGAGUUAAUGUCUGAGCACCUCUGAGUGUGGCCCGCAACCCCAAACAAAAACACAAGGAAACAUUUCUUCCUUACACCCAUCGAGUUUCUGUGAUUCAUUCCUAUGACAUAAGUAGCUUUUAUUUAACAUUUUAUUUGGUUUCUCUUUAAUUUUACCCCUAUCCACACCAAUGAAUGUACACACCAUUCCUUGCUAUGUAUUAUUAUUGAUUGUUUUUAAUGGAUGAAUCUCUUGCUGGUACUAUCCUCAUGGCCCGUUUUUAAAAAAAUCAUUGCAAUUUUUUAUAACUUACUUUUAUUCAAUAACAUUUGUUGGGUAUACACUCCAAUUCUGUGUGUACACAGGCAUUAUUUUCUGGGCCAACAUAAUACAUGGGUACAUAUGACUCAGAAAAUGAAAGAUUAUUUUUCAUAUUUUAAUGAGAAGUGGAUUUCUGUUUCAGUACUUCCAUUUUCUAAGUUUUUGCCUAAGAAUAACACUACCUAAAACUGUUCUUAUUUGCUCUAGCAUAUAAUUCCAGUAUUGUUUGCAUGUCUGUAAAUAAAAGAACUUUGGCAGUACACCAAAAUUUUUCAUCUUUAAAAUGUUUUUGUACUGUGUGAGGAUCUACUCACAUGCAUUCACACCCACGGACUCACAAAUUUUAAAGUGUAUUAUAUAAUUGUUUUAAAUUUUAAAAACAUGCAUUUUGUAAGUCAGAGAUAUUAAGAAUUUGAUUGUGAAUGUUCAACAGUUCUCAUUUUGGAAUAUUUAUUUUUAUGUUGUGCAUUCAAAAAAAUAGUGUUAUUUCUACCAUAUUAAUGAUUGAAAUGAACACAGUUGUAAACGUCAAAUAAAUUAUGAAAACAAAGGUAAUUUAAUACCACAGCUUCAUUCUUAAUUAAGCUAACUUCCUCUUAAUUAAAAAUAAGCUAAGUAUUUUUCCUAGAAUUUUCAAAGAAACAACCUUUAUCUUUCUCAAAAAAUAAAACCUUUUUAUUGUUCAUGGA